AUUGAUAUAACCUCAAAACAGUGACGUUUCGUGCAAAGAAUCGUAAAUAUGAAGAAAUUUAAUAGUAGUGAUUUAAUUGUUCACAAUUAUCAUGUGAUUUAUUAUAAAUAGGACUAAAUUAGUCUUACAUUAUCUCGUCAAUUUUUUAGAGCUGCGAUUUAUUUUAUUUCCUUCAAAAAAUGGAUAUAAAUGCCUUAGGAUGGAUUGGCUUAAUAAUUACUUUGUUCUUAACUUCUUUUGGGUUAUUUUCAUUUCUCACAACGGUCCUAGGGCUACUUACAUUUAUUCUAGGUUUCCUUACCUUGAUAUAUUUAAGAAAGGGUGAUAUUGACAAGUUCCACAACCACUGUGCUGGAAAUCCUCUAACAGUUGAUAUUCUUCCAGAAGGUGGUUUAAAACAGGUGGUUAAGCAACUUGUAAGUCCUCAAAAAGUACAAAAAACCGACAGUAGGGUAACAGGGAGUGAGCUAAUUGACAAUUCAUUACAAGAAAUACUAGGCUACAUAGUCAGAGAUUAUAUUUCACCAUGGUACAACUUGAUAUCAAGAGAUACAGAAUUUACUGAUAUAACAAUAAAGAAAACUGCACAAACUUUUGCUAUCAACAUUUCAAACAGGGUGAAAGAGAUUGAUUGGAUUCCUUAUUUAACCACAAGAUUAGUAGAUGAUGCAGCCACACAUUUACGACUUUUUAAGCAAGCAAGAGCAAGGAUGAAAUUUUUAGAAAAAACCAAAACACCAAAACAAUCACCACUCAAAGACCAGAAAAAUUCGCCAAGAAAAACUCACAAGAGAAAUAAAAGUGAAACGGAUAUUGGGUGGUACCAUGGGAAAGCAAAUGAAAUUAAGAAAGAAUCUGAGGUAAAUGUUGGAAAUUCGAAGUUUUAUCUGAGCGAUCCCAAAAAAAGUACCACUCUGGAAGACCACUUCUUUGAUCUAGAGUGUCAAAUGGAAAAUUAUUUAGUUUGUAGAGAUAUAGUUAGUAUGGACGUGGCCAAAGAAAAAGAAUUUUUGUGCGAAAUUAUUGAAAUAUUAUUGUAUAUCCUUCUCCCUGAUGAAGAUUUCCAAUGCAAGCCUUUGCGGUACGUUUUACGAGAAAUCUUCUCCAACUGUGUUAUUCAACCGCUUUUCUCUAUGUUGUCUGACCCCGACUACAUUAAUCAGGCAAUAAUUUGGCUGUGUUUACGUGAUGGUACUUUGCCAAGUGACAUUUUUUUAACGACUCUAAGAAUUGCAGACAACUGUGAUGAACUAAAAAGUACUAAAAAUCUAGUUGAGAAAGAAAUACAACAAUUGAGAUCACGCGAUUCUGGGGGCGACAGUGAUCUCGCAAUUAAACAGCAACUGAGCAGUCUGUCUUACGUUUUGAAAUUAAUCGAGAGUCGGCUAAUAAAAAUGCAAGAUGCAGAAAAUUUAGAUACACCCAAUUCUCUUGAUUACGUCCAGUUGGAAAGCAUUAAAAAAAUCGAUUUAAAGUUGCAUCAGAUAUUGAAAAACAACGUCGCUUUGUCGUAUUUUAUUGACUACGUGUCGAGUCAAAAGAAGCACUUGGAUUUAUUUUUUUACUUAACUAUUGAAGGCUGGAAAGUCUCCGUGGAGCAGCAACUGUCUGAUUUGCACAUAAACAAGAUAAAAGGCACUAGCGACAACUCUUCUGCUGUGUUUGAAGAGAUUCGUUCAACCGCUUUGAGUAUUUACAACCAAUAUUUGGGUGAAAAGUCCGACCAACGCGUUGUACUGAAACCCGCUUUGACCCAAAGUCUUUUUUUCAAAAUUCGCAACUUGAAUGAAAUUCCUUCCGAGUUGUGGUUUGACGAAGUCCAACACGCAAUCUACGACAAAAUGGAAAACGAUGACGAGUAUUUAAUAUCAUUUAAGAAAAGCAAAGCUUACUUUAAACUUCUCCAAGAGUUGGAUUUAGUGCAACAAAACGUGACGGAAGAAGACGCGAUCAGUCUAAACAGCAAUGAAUCAAUCGAAUUGUUAAAUACGGAAACCAAAUCGGAGCACAAUACGCCGCAACAACACGCAAAUAAUCUGUUUUUAGUGCCGGAAAACACCGGAAAAAACGUCAAGCAUGCCAGGUCCUUCAGCGAUGUUACAAUGUUUAUGAGCAAAAAUAAUAACGAACUCAGGUCAAAUGGGAAGGACGAUUUUGUUAAGUUUGAAACGGAGGAGGUUUUGACGGUGGAAGACCAACGGGCUUUGGAGAAAAGUCUCAAAACUGGCGAUUUUAUUUUAAAUGUUAACAUUAUUGAGACAGGAAUUGUGUGUGAAAAGGGCAAAAUGUUCGGUAUUUAUGCGAUUAGAGUGAGUCGGCAAUAUGAAACUGGGUUUCUUGAAGAGUGGCACAUUUACAGGCGCUACAGCGAUUUUUAUGAUUUGUACAGCAAAGUCAAGGAUAAAUUUCCGGAUCUUUCAAAAUUAUCAUUCCCUGGCAAAAAAACAUUCCAUAAUAUGGACAGAGCUGUCCUCGAGCGUCGCAUGAAAAUGUUAGGCUCUUACAUGAGCGAAUUAUGUAACCAUAACGUUAUAACGUCCCAUACCGGAUUGCAAGACUUGAUAAUGACGUUUUUGGAGCAAGGAGAUUACGAUAAAGCGACGGGGGGGCCUAUUUCCAGCACUAUCAACACUUUGGUCAAUCCGUUGAAAUCUGGCAUGAAAACAAUUAAAAAUAUGCCGGAACAGUUGUUUAAUACAGUUGAUGAAGUCAUGGGGGGCAUUACCAAAGUUUUUCAUGGCAAACCGGGACGGUUGCCUGAGGCUAGUAAAGUCGGAGCUUCAAUAGAAGAGACUGAUGAUAACAUUCCAUUGAGGAUUAUGUUACUGCUUAUGGACGAGGUUUUUGAUUUAAAAUCACGGAAUCAGUGGUUGAGGAGGAGAAUAGUGACUUUGUUGAGGCAAAUUGUGCGGACCAUGUUUGGCGAUAUUGUCAAUCGUAGAAUAUUGGAUUAUGUCUCGCUUAUUACGAGUCCGAAAAAUGUAGCGCAUUAUUUAUACGUUUUUAAGCAAUCAUUUUGGCCAAAUGGUGUGAAAUAUGAGAAAAAGGCAGACCGCGAUGAAGAUACGCGAAAUCGUACCAGAGUUGCAGCUAAAGUUGCUCUCCUGUCGUGCUUAUCAGAUGAACUUAAACAUAUAAUAGGAUCUGAGACCACAAGAAGAGGCUUACUAACAAUUUUUGAACUGUUUCAAAGACCAAUUUUGAAUCGUAGGCUAUUUUAUGUUCUGUUAGAAGGUGUUUUGUGUACCUUAUUUCCAGAAAAAGAUAUGUUCAAAUUAUUUCAAAAACUCCAUUCUAAGUCAAAGCGAAUUCAAGAUAAACACAAUACUCAAACUGUUAGGUGAUAGAUUAUUUAUUUAAAUGCAUUCGGUGCCAUUGCGAUAUUUCAUUUUCAAUUCGGUGUAUUAUUUAUUCAGAGAUUUGUUUAUUUUUAUAGCUAAUUUCUAUCCUGUAACUGUGCUUAACUUGUAUUAUUUGUUAGAAUAAAGAUUUAAAUUAUU